AUGGCGCCAAAACGCAAAGACACUCCGGCCAACAACAGCGAAGAGGAAGAGUCUUCGGUGGUUGAGCCUUCAUCAGCAUCAUCACGGCAACCAUCCCGUUCCAAACCCAAUACGACCACCAUCAGAUCAAAAAAACGAAAAACCUUAAAUUCUAAAAUAUCGUAUGAUACUCGAAUUUGUACUUCGUUGAAACGAAUGCAAUAUCAUCCCGAAUUUAAAGAUGUAAUUUUAUUCAUUCAAACAGUUUUGAAAAACGAAGAAGGAGUCUCUGUGGAUGAGUUGUGGUCAGAAAUUAGUCAUAAAAAAGAUAAAUUAUUGACUACUAGAGAGGGAGUUUGUACAUGGCUACAAAGACAUGGAUUUGUUGUUGAGAAUGGUGUUGUUUCACCUCCAACAAGGUCCGAAGUGAAAAAAAAUUAUGUGGAGACUAUGGAUUUUGUAAAAUCUAUUAUUGUUGACAAUGUCAUUCCGCCAAGUCUCGCUGAAUUAUGUGCAAAAACUAGUUCUGAAGUUUUUGAAAUUAAAAAGACGUACCUUCAAGAGAUGUUCGAAUGGGAAGGAGUGUCUGGUCUCAAAGAACAACUUGUGGCACAAGUGAAAAACUUUGUUCCUUCAGGUUUAGUAUGUGAAGUUUAUGUUGAUGGGUUUAAGGCAGUUUAUUUAGGAAGUUGUGUUCCAAGAGCAGACAAGAAUGACCAACAGAAAUACUUUGCCGUCUUUGGCUAUUUUUGUGAUUCUCCCGUGUUAAUUGCUGAAGAACGAUGUGAUUUUGGAUUUAGAUUCAAAUAUAAAAUUCCAAACGAGCCUGGACUUGUGAUUACUCAUUGGGAGAAUGAUGAACGAACUCUACAAGAAGACAUAUUGACAUCACCUUGUGACAAUGCUCUUGAAACGAUCAAUGAAUACUCCACUCAUCCACUGCAAUCACAUAUUGAGAAUUAUUUCAAGUUUUUACAAGGAGUUGUGGAAGAGGAGGAUGUAUCUGAAGAUUCAUUUAAUCUAUUCAAGUCACAAGUGGUGGCCAUCAUUACGGACGUCAAAUGGAUUAUUUUCAGUACUCUUGUCAAAACGACACAUCUUACAGCCAGUGAAAAACUGCUUUUAGAUGCUCUUUCUGACAAUUCAGAAUUAUUCACCAAGUUUCCUGUUCACUGGUUGACUGUCAUUUGUCUUGCUCUAGGAAGAGAUCCUUCAGUCGUCAAAAAGUACAUCAAGAACAAGAAUAAGGAUUUGCUUGCCACAGAGGUUGAACUCAAUUGGAAACACUUUUCUUACACGGCUGAUGAAACUCUUGAUUUAGAAAAACUUCGAAAAUGUAAAGAAGAGAUUGAUCUUUUGAUAGAAAAGGCUAUUUCUCAAACCAUGACAUCAUACCCAAACUCUAGAGGUUUUAUAACAGGAAAGACUGCACUAAGCGACAGCGAAGACGAUGACAAUGUCUAUGACCCAGAACCAUCCACAGAACCAAAUCAUGUCGAAAUGUUAAUGACAUUUAAGAAAAAGUAUACCAACAAACAUUUUUCAUACAUUAGGACUCUGGUGUGUAAACUAAUUAACGGAGAAACAUUGUCAACAUUAGCUGAAACGAGAAAGAAGGAAGAGUAUUUCUAUAGAUUUGAUGACAUUUCUCUUGGAAGAGCAAAAUAUGCAAUACCUGUAGUGAACGAAAAAGAUUUUAGCAAAUUUUCAAACUUUGAAUAUUCCAACACCACCGAGUUUGGUGAAGGAAUUUCGAAGGAAACAAGAGAAAAUGUAGCUGCCCUGAAAAAUAUUGAAUUUUGUGACUGUAAAAAAAAGUGUGGAAAAGGAUGUAAAUGUUUGCAGCUUCAGAGAGAGUAUAGAUUUGAUUCAUCCGAUGCCCAAUCUGAAAAAUUUCAAUCCGUGCGUCGUGGAGAUGAGGUUUACUAUGACGAUAACAAACGCUUAAAAGACACAAACACUAAAUACAUUAUUGUGGAAUGCAAUAGUGAGUGCUCAUGCUCAGAUUCGUGCCCUAAUCGAGUUGUUCAGCAAGGAUCUGAUGUUAAACUCGCCAUUUUCAAAACCAAUCAUACAGGUUGGGGUCUAAGAGCAGCUCAAAAGUUAUAUCGAGGUCAAUUCGUUGAAAUUUAUACAGGAGAAUUAAUUACGGAUGAGGUUGGAGAGAUACGAGGUCGAUAUUAUGAUAGGAAAGGAUUAAGUUAUUUAUUUGAUGUUUCUCAUGGAGACAUUGUUUGUGAUUUCACAAUUGAUUCUACUUACAAGGGAAAUGUUACUCGAUUCUUGAAUCAUUCAUGUGAUGGCAAUUUGCAACAAUACUUGGUUUGCAGUGAAAUUAGAGACCCAAGAUACGGUAAAAUAGCCUUCUUUUGUAAGAGAAACAUUGAAAUUGGUGAAGAAUUGACCUUUGACUACCAUUAUGUAUGUGAAAAGCAAGUGAGGUGUUUGUGUGGAAGUAAGAAUUGCAAGCAGUGGCUGCGGUAA